UUUGACCCUCUACGUCAUCUUCGUACGUGAUCGGCUGUUCGGGAAUCUUCGGAAAUUCUUCCGGUGGAACGCAGCCCGUUGAUUGGCUGCCAUUUUUGAAUUCACGGCGCUAACCGGCGGAGGGCGUCCAAGCGCCAUCUUCAAGUUGUUUUUCCAGAAAAAGUUGUCAAAGAUGUCACUUGUUGCCGCUUUCGAUGAUCUUGUGCGAUGCACCAAUGUGCUCACACAAGGCUGUGAAUCAGAGUUCCUGCAGUUUGUGAGGAACCAGGAGCAGUGUCGCCAGCGAUGGCUCACGGCGGAAAUGGAGUCCGGUGGGAUGAGAGAGAGGCUGAUAAAACUGCAGGCAGAAAAGGACGCUCUGGAGACCAAACUGAAGCAUGCCAGGAACCAGGUGGACGUAGAGAUGAAACGACGCAUGAAAGCUGAGGGUGAGAAGGACACUUUGGAACGACAAGUAGCCCUUGUGCGAGAAUUGUUGGACGACAAACAGCGCAGCAUGCUGGACGAGAAAGGCAGGGAGAGUCUCGCUGCUCUGGCCAGCGCUACAAACCUCAAGUCCCCUGCUAAAAGAUUGUCGGCAAUAGAUGAAUCCAACGGUUCGAUUCUCUCUGCAUCUGACAUCAGCUAUGAUCGCACAGAUGAUGACUUGGAUGCUGAUAUUUCAAUGUUGAGAGAUGGAACAGAAUGGAAGAGACAUUCACAUGGAGGCAAAAAGCGUCCCAGUGCUCCACCCAAGGAAGAUGACAGCCCUGCUGCCAAAACCAUCCGGACAGAUCUAGACAAUGUAGGGGUUGGCGAGACCUCCAUUAUCACCACUACCACUGUGACCUUGGACGGUGAAGGUCGCGGGACAGCCACCGCUAAGAUCGAGACCCACCCCAAACCUCGCCUGAACCGCAGCUUCAGCCAGCCGCUGCCUGUAACUCUGGACAAGCGACCAGACUCCCCUGGCAGUGACUCCACGGACUCGUUCUGGGGCACCCCAGCCAGCACACUGAAGGGUGGCAUCAGCACACCACAACUCACUCCUAGCAGACCUGCAUGGUCUAUGCAGGGAACGAAAAAAAGGGUUCAGGGUGUUCUCAAACCAACCUCUGGAGGAGGUCGGCAGCAUAUGUUCUGUUCCAAAACGGUCAUCAAACCCGAAACCUGCCUGCCGUGUAAUAAGAAGAUCAAGUUUGGAAAGAUGGCACUGAAAUGCAAAGACUGCCGUGUUGUGUGCCAUCCCGACUGUAAGUUCAAGGUGACCAUGCCCUGUGUUCCCAACAACACCCCCACCUCCGGCAAGAAGCAGACGAACAACUACCAUGCAACUAGACGACAGCUUGAGCUGGAGAACUUCUUGCCUCCAUAUGGACCAAUGAUCCCAGCCCUAGUGGUUCAUUGCAUCAAUGAGAUAGAGUCCAGGGGCAUGCUGGAAGAAGGGCUGUACCGGGUUCCUGGGUCUGACCCUGCAAUCAAGGACUUAAGGGAGAAAUUCUUCCAAGGCAAGACUCCAAAUAUGGCUAAGGAAGACAUCCAUGUUGUCUGCGGCUGUCUCAAGUCCUUCCUGCGUGGGCUUAGGGAGCCGCUGGUGACCUUUAACCUCCAUCACAACUUCAUGAGAGCCACAGAAAUUGCUGACGAGCAGGACUUUGCGACUUCCCUGUACCAGGCUGUGAGCGAAAUGCCCCAGCCGAACCGCGACACGCUGGCCUUCAUCAUCCUCCAUCUGCAGAGAGUGUCGGAGAGCAAGCGGACUAAGAUGGGCAUGUCCAACCUGGCCAAGGUGUUUGGCCCCACUCUCAUUGGCCACGGCACCGCCGACCCUGAUCACAUGACCAUGCUGGCUGACACACGCAAGCAGCCCCGGGUAAUGGAAGGGCUUUUGCUGAUGCCGUCCGACUUCUGGCGUAAGUUUGCGGAGGAGGACAACGAGAACCUGGCGUCCCCCCAUGUCGGAAACGUCAUCACCAACCCCUACUCCAUGCGCACUCCCGAGGGGAGGCAAGAAGACGGUGCUAAAGAUAAGACCAAAGAGAAUGCGGAGAAUGCAGCUCCUAAGGGCAGCAUGUUGGGACCAGUGCGGACGACACCCAACUCUACAGACAGUGGGGUGAAGAAGUCAGGGUCUACUAGCUCCCUGGACAGAGCCAAGGGCUUCCUACAGCGAACACCACUAACACCAAGGUUUGGUUCUAAAAGUGCGAAAUCUACGAGCAAGCGCAACUUCUUUGCCUCCCCCAUGCUGAAGUGAUCGGGACAUGAUUAUCAAGUGACCAUCUCAAAAAAAUGAUGACGAAUAAUAUCAAAUUACCACAACUAUUUAACAACAUGUUUUUGGGCCAAGCAAGUCCCUUUUUUGUUUCUAAAAGAUGACAUGUAACUUAGCAAUUUAAUUCUGGCAAGAUGUAGUAUUGGUUUACAUUUUUUGUCGCAGCUAUUAUUAUGUGACAAUGUUGAAAUGUUGCAAUGGUCGCAACUAUAUGUUUAUGUACACAUAAGUUAGCUGCAUAUUGUUGCUUUGAAUAGAUUUUUUUUCAUGAUGGCUCAAUUAACAUAUUGUUAAAUAUUUGUUGGACCUACUUGACUCUAAUAUGUCUACUUGAUAGGUACUAGUCUGAUUAUUGUAUCAUAUAUUAAGAAAUUUUGUUCUUUUGUAGAAAUCGAAGUACUAGUAUACUAAGAAAAGCAUUACAAUCGCUAAGUGAAAUUCAAUUACUUUAACUUGUAUUUAUCGGAAAGAAAGCUACUGAAAACUAGUACAUGUACAAUGUAUGUUCGUAUACUUAUUGUUAUGACCCUAGAAUGAAAUACAGUACUUUGCAACACUCCAUAGUAACUCAAACGUUUUUAAAACAGGUGGCAUAGGAAAGACUAUCCUACAGUACAAUUCAGAUAUACGGCGCUCCUUUAUCACGGGAUGGUUAUGAUUUCUUUGUGGUUGUCAGUAACUGCCGGUAGUGGCACAAUAGAUUUGUACAUUAUGAUUGAUAACAUUGUACAUUCAUACAAAGCUGUAGAUUAAAUCAGGAUUUUUUAAACAUCUAACUGUACAUGUUUACUCAUAUCCCUGCAUAGAAACUUCUGUCACUCUUUUUUCUCUCCUUUUGAUGUAAAUAAAAGACUUGCAAGCAUGUA